AUGGACGAAAACGACGGCUUCGCGGUCUCGGCCGAACAAGGAAGAAGCCGAGUGUUUACGCAGCUGAAGUCGUACUGCUUCGAGCUUCUGGAGCUUUUCCAAAACCCUAAGAAGAGCUCCUCGUCUAUCUCUUCUCUGCUUCAGUUUCUUCGCCAGACUCCUUCUCAUUCUCUCCAGCCUUUCUUCGACUAUACUUUGUUUCCGUUGCUACUUCUAUUCGAUGCAUCUGUGGAGUGUAGAUCCCCAAAGAAGCUUGGUUCUGAAGAAAAAGUUGCGACUGCUAAUAUCACAAAAGUUCCCCAAAAAGUGAGUGACAGUGUGGCUGAAGGUGUGCUUCACUGUCUGGAGGAACUCCUUACGAAGUGUCUCUUAGGAUCUGUAGACCAGAUGGUUGUUGUGCUCAAGAAGUUGACUUAUGGGGCUUUGCUUUCACCAUCUGAUGCAUCAGAAGAGUUUCGUGAGGGAGUUAUCAAGUGUUUCAGGGCACUGCUUCUGAAUUUACUUCCAUGCUCUGAUAAGUCCUGCACAUGUCAUCAAAUCUUUGGUCUGCCUAUGCUAUUAGAAAAGAGAGAUUUUAAAUCUCCAGCCAUUAGCUCUCCAAACUACGUUUCAGCAUCAAAUGAAUGUUUACUUUCAUUUCUACAGUCACAAGCUGCUUCUGCAGCUGUUGGACAUUGGCUAUCUCUUCUUCUCAAAGCUGCAGACAAUGAGGCUAUGCGAGGACAUCUAGGGAGUGCAAAGCUUCGUGUUGAAGUAUUUUUGACUCUUCGUGUGCUUGUUGCUAAGGUUGGUACUGCUGAUGCAUUGGCCUUCUUUUUACCUGGUGUCGUUAGUCAGUUUGCUAAAGUUUUGCAUGCCUCCAAAAUGAUGACCAGUGGAGCUGCUGGAAGUGGGGAUGCAAUUGAUCAAGCAGUUAGAGGUUUGGCUGAGUAUCUGAUGAUAGUUCUCCAGGAUGAUGCUAAUUUAUCUGGACGUGAUAUGUCAAUAAUUGUUACUUCUGACAAAAAGUACGAGUCUACACAAUCUUUUAUGGACGAGCUUCGUCAAUUGCCAAUUAAGUCCCAUUCUCAAAGCAAAAUUUUACUGGAUGAUUCAAGUGGUCAAAUGAUUACAAGUAUUUCCAAAUCUGAGAGGAAAAUUGAUUCUGGCAAGGGCGAUGCAUCUUUUCAUGUGAAUCGUACGAAUGACUGGAUUGAAAAAACUUCAGUUCAUGUGGAUAAACUUUUGGGCACAACUUUUCGACAUAUCUGCAUUCAUCCAGCAAAGAAAGUGAGACAAGGGCUCCUGGCUUCCAUACGAGGACUGUUGUCAAAGUGCACUUAUACACUGAGGCAGAGUAGACAAAUGUUUCUGGAGGGCUUAUGUGUUUUGGUUAUAGAUGAAGCUGAAGAGGUGUCUUCAGGUGCACAGGAAUUUCUUGAAAAUUUAUUCACGUUGAUUGGAAAAUAUCAAUUGGAACAAGAUGUUGCUCAGAUAUUUAGCAGGCUCAUUGAUAAGCUUCCAAAAGUGGUGCUUGGGAGUGAGGAAUCAGUUGCACUGUCACAUGCUCAGCAGUUACUUGUAAUCAUGUACUAUUCUGGUCCUCAGUUUGUGGUGGAUCACAUCCUUCAGUCUCCUGUAACAACUACUCUUUUCUUGGACAUUUUCGCUAUAUGUAUGAGUCAAAAUUCGGUAUAUGCUGGAUCUCUUGAUAAGCUUAUUACAUCGAGGCCAUCCUCAGUAAGAUACCUAGACUCUAUUACUGAGUUGAAAGCUGGAAUCCACCUUACCAGUGAUUGCCUAAUAAACAUGGCUGCUACCCCUCAAAAUUCAAAGAUUACAGCCAUCCAGGAGAAAGACCCACCCUAUACAUCAGAUAAUGCCCAGAAGAAUUAUGAGCUUCCGCACAUGCCUCCUUGGUUUGUUUACAUCGGGGGUCGAAAGCUAUACCAAUCUCUUUCAGGGAUUCUCAGACUUGUGGGUCUGUCCUUGAUGGCAGAUAAAAAGAAUGGGCAGCAUUUAGCACUUAUCACUGACAUUCCACUGGGUUACUUGCGAAAUUUAGUUUCUGAGGUCCGCAUGAAGGAUUAUAAUGAAACAAGUUGGCACUCUUGGUAUAAAAGAACUGGUUCGGGACAGUUGCUACGCCAAGCAAGCACUGCUGUAUGUAUUCUGAACGAGAUGAUAUUUGGUAUAUCAGAUCAAGCCACUGAAUAUUUCAGAAGGAGGUUUCAAAAGUCAAGCAAAAGAAGGUGGAAAGUUUUACAGGAUGAGGGUUUAAGGAGUCACUUGAUUGAUUGUAUUGGUAGAAUUUUACAUGAAUAUCUAUCUCAUGAAGUAUGGGAUCUUCCAACAGAAAAUAGAUCUCCGGUUAUACUUCAUGAUUAUGAAGCUGAGGAUAUUAGCGUAAACUUGUUUCAUGACACGGCUAUGUUACACCAGGUUAUUAUUGAAGGAAUAGGCAUCAUCAGUAUCUGCCUUGGAGGGGAUUUUGCCUCUAGUGGAUUUCUUCAUCAGUCACUUUAUAUGUUGCUCGAGAACCUCAUUUCUUCAAACUAUCAUGUUAGAAGUGCUUCUGAUGCUGUAUUGCACAUUCUGGCAGCUACAUCUGGUUAUCCGACAGUUGGGCAUCUGGUAUUAGGGAAUGCAGAUUAUGUGAUAGAUUCAAUAUGCAGACAAUUACGCCAUUUGGAGAUUAAUCCUCAUGUGCCAAGUGUGCUUGCAGCAAUGCUAUCUUAUGUUGGAGUAGCUUAUAAGAUAUUGCCUUUAUUCGAGGAGCCGAUGCGCUCAGUUUCUCUGGAGCUUGAGAUUCUUGGCAGGCAUCAGCACCCUGAAUUAACGAUCCCAUUUUUAAAGGCCGUAGCAGAAAUCGCCAAGGCAUCAAAGCGUGAGGCUUGUUCCUUACCAACCCAUGCAGAGUCUUACUUGUUGGAUGUCAAGGCCAAUAUAUCCGAUACAAAAAAGAAAGAUGAGGAUGACAUUAAUAUGUCUCAUGAGGAAUCAGAGAAAUGGGAGAGCAUUUUGUUCAAGCUGAAUGAUUCAAAGAGAUAUAGACGAACAGUUGGAGCUAUUGCCAGUUCAUGUAUUAUGGCUGCAACCUCUCUACUGGCUUCAGAAAAUCAAGCAGCUUGUUUGGUGGCCUUGGAUAUAGUUGAGGAUGGUGUUACGUCAUUGGCGAAAGUAGAAGAGGCCUAUCGCCAUGAGAGAGAUACUAAGGAAGGAAUUGAAGAAGUAAUUCAGGAAUAUUCACUCUAUCAUCUUCAAGAUAAUUUAGAUGCUGCUGAUGAAGGGGCUGAUGAGAACAGGUUGCUUCCAGCAAUGAAUAAAAUAUGGCCUUUCCUGGUUGUUUGUAUCCGAAAUAAAAACCCACUGGCUGUUCGAAGAUGUUUAUCUGUAGUAAGCAAUGUAGUGCAAAUUUCUGGGGGAGAUUUCUUUUCACGACGUUUCCACACUGAUGGCGCCCACUUCUGGAAACUUUUAUCCACCUCCCCAUUCCAUAGAAAACCCAACCUUAAAGAAGAAAGAAUCCCUCUGCAACUCCCUUACAGAAGCACAUCCAGUUCUUCAGAAAGCUCCAUGGCUGAAACUUCCAAUCUGAAAGUCCAGGCUGCGGUGCUCAACAUGAUUGCUGAAUUGUCCCGAAACAAUAAGAGUGCUUCGGCAUUGGACAUUGUCCUCAAGAAGGUCAGUGGUCUUGUGGUUGGGAUUGCUUGCAGUGGUGUCGUAGGUCUACGUGAAGCUGCUGUAAAUGCCCUUCAGGGUCUUGCAUCUGUUGACCCUGAUCUUAUAUGGCUUCUUAUGGCUGAUGUUUACUAUUCUAUGAAGAAAAAAGAUAUGCCUCCACCCCCAACACCAGAUAUUCCAGCAAUCUCCCAAAUUCUUCCUCCACCCUCAUGUCCAAAAGAGUACCUUUACGUUCAGUAUGGAGGUCAGAGUUAUGGUUUCGAUGUAGACUUUGCUUCUGUUGAAACUGUUUUCAAGAAACUUCACUCUAGAGUUUUUGUUAACCAAAUGUACAGUUAAACCAUUCACUUCACGAUCUGCAUAUAUUAUUCACAUGUUGUUAACCAAAUGUACGGUUAAACCAUUUUACGC